GCCUCCCUCGCGCUCCGGUACCCGCGGUGGGUCAGUCCCGCGCAGGAGCAGCCCAGCGACGCAGCGGCCGCGGAGCGCCAACGACGGGGCGGGUGGAAGCAGACCUUUUUUUCCCGGAAAAGGGGGGCAGUCAGCCGCCGCGCGUGGAGCCGGAAGGGAGGCUCGUUUGGCCCGCACCGCUCACGCACGGAGAACCCGCAGGAGCCAGGCGGCCUGAAACCCGUUGAAGAUGGCAUUGACGGAGCCGCGGCUCCGGCAGCAGCCCACGCCAAACGACACAGCGGACCCCGACUUCAACCACAUGUUCAAGCUGCUGAUCAUCGGCAACAGCAGCGUGGGCAAAACCUCGGUCCUCUUCCGCUACGCCGACGACUCCUUCAACCCCGCCUACGUCAGCACGGUGGGCAUCGACUUUAAGGUGAAGACCGUUUUCCGCAACGAGAAGAGGAUCAAGUUGCAGAUAUGGGACACGGCCGGGCAGGAGCGGUAUCGAAGCAUCACCACAGCCUACUACAGGGGAGCCGAUGGAUUCCUGCUCAUGUAUGACAUCACCAACCAGGAAUCCUUCAACGCAGUGCGGGACUGGGCGACACAGGUCCAACACUACUCAUCUAAAAAUGCUCAGGUGAUCCUGGUGGGUAACAAGUGUGACAUGGAGGAUGACCGGCUCAUAACCAGAGAGGACGGCCAACGGCUGGCGGAUGAGCGUGGUUUUCUGUUCUUCGAAGCCAGCGCCAAGGAAAACAUCAACGUCAAGCAGGUGUUUGAACAUCUGGUGGACGUCAUCUGUGAGCAGAUGAACACGAGCACGGACGGAAAUGCCAUCAACUCCAACCACAAUGGCCUGGGCCCGGGCCAAGGCCCAGAGGGCGGUGGAGGCUGUGCUUGCUGAACCCUCCUGGCGUUUGUGACAUACAAAGAACAACUUCUGUGCCUCAGCCAUGUAAAAGUGCUGCACAUCUUCUACCUUCUACAGCUACCUUACGACUGUAGGCUGAUCCUCUCCUUCAAAUUGACCCUUUCUUCUAGUUUCCCUCCGUUCAUUUACUCUACUGUAUUUAUUCGUGGCUUUGGUUUUUCUGGGGCAAACUGUUUUCUUACACGUCAACAAAAAGAUGGCUGGACUUAAGUUUGUACUUGUUUUGUUGUCCUAAAUGUGUGUCACUGGUGUCCUUAAUGCAGUUUUCACAGGUAAAGAUGGAAGUUUCUCCUUACAUGUAUUUUCCUACAUUUUAUUUUAUUUAUUUUUUCCCCCCAGAGGGACAUGUAUUGGAUUUUUGCAGUUGCCAGACUAAGUUUCCCAAACUCUGCUGAAAAUGUUUCCCCUGGAGGUCCUGAAGAGGAGUUUGACUUCUUGUAGGUCUUUAAAGGAGAAGAUCCCACAUGUGUGCUAAACACCAGUGUAGCUACAGCUACAACAAGCAGCUGAAUCUAACAUGGAAGUGUAACGUGUUAUUUACUGGAUUGCUUUGUAGACUUUUUUUUUUAAAUUGUCAAUUGAUUAGCGUCGCAGUGUUUGCCAAGCCAACAGCAGCAGGUGAACACUUCACUGUUUGAUGAUUUUUAUGUCCCUUUAACUGCAUUUCUCAUAAAUUGAUCAUGCAUUGAAGUUGAAUUUCCUUAGUUUCAGAAGAUUCUGAGCAUUUCUGUGUUCCGUCUUUUCUCUGGUAGCUUUUUGUUUUAUGUCAAAUGUCAAAACAGUUGGCUUGGUAUUGGCGUCUGAUGGCAUUGAACUGUUUUUACACGGCCCUGUUUGGCUUGUUGGUGAGACUCGGCCGGCUCUGUGCAGCACAUCGUGUUCUGUUCACAGGAAAGCACUGAUCCUCAAAGCUGAUAGAGCCUCGAUGUUGCUGCAUCAGGACAAACGGCUGCUUCAUGGGGCCUUUCUUUGAUAUUUUUCUUUAAAAAAAAAUCAAGUUGGCCACAACUUACUAGUAGAAUCAUCAGGGGAUUUUUCUGUUAUUCUCCAGAAUUUACAAUUUCGCAGCCUGCAAUCGGUGUAUCGGCUAAACGUUUGACUGUUAUCAGCACAUGCGCAUUGCUGAAAGUAUAAAGCACGACUAUUGUACAGUGAGAGUUUAAGGCACUUUUAACAGCAGAGGUGUUAAAGGGGCCAGUUUCUCGGUCAUAAAAUAACCGCCAUGCUCACAGCUAAUGCGAGGAGGCCGCGUGUCACACAGGGAUCUCAGGUUUCCGUCAUCUGUUAAGCUUUUGUCUUAUGCCAAACUGCAGAACCAAAUACCACCUGAGAUUUUGAAGGAAUGUCCCUAAGAUUGCUGCUGCUUGAAUUCCUGUUGAAUAUCUGGGUUGUUUUUUUUUGUCCUUGAUGCUUGUGAUCUUGUUUCUCCUAAUCGCUAGCUUUCUGAAACACAGAAAGUCCCUGAUGUGCUGGAUGAAAUCAUUAAAAAUAUCUCUUUAAAUUCAUCGGAACCAGUGAAAUAUGUUGGAAUGAAAAUAAAGAUUCUGCUUGUUACUA